AUAGCUUGUGCUUUGUUAAAUUUGUUCUACGUAUGGUUCCCUGACAGGUAGGCCUCGACGCGUUUGGUUUCGCGAUUAGUUAAAACGUUGAAAUUGACCUUUCUGUACCGCCGUAGCACCAUUAAGCACUGACAAGCAGCUGUUCUAUCAGUGUUGUGUUACCGACCUCACGUGUAAGGCUUUUCUACGUGUAGUGUAACCGAGUGUUGUAGCAGAGACUAUCUUGUAUCACCAAAACCCACGAUGGAGCCUGUUAUAGAAAUAAAUCCGGAAGCGACGAAAUGGGACAUUCGUGAGAAAGUUUGGGACUACAUUGAAGAAAAUAAUCUGGCCAAUUUCCCCAGGCCUGUUCACAACAGAAUCCCAAAUUUCAAGGGUGCUUUCACAGCCUGUGCCAAGGUGUCUGAACUGCAGGUGUUCACCCAGGCCACAGAAGUGAAGGUGGAUCCUGAUAAACCUCUGGAAGGUGCCCGGCUGGCAGUGCUAGAGGCGCAGAAAAAGUUAUUGGUCCCAACUCCUCGUCUUCGUACCGGCCUUUUCAAUAAUAUCACUCCUCCCCAGGGGGCCAACAAAGAACAGCUACGCAUAUGUUCUUCCUCUCAGGGUGUGAAAGACUUCAGUGUGCCUGUUGACCUGGAUGCAAAGGUGAAGGUAGACCUGGUGGUGGUCGGCUCUGUGGCGGUGUCAGCGAAAGGCUUGCGAAUUGGAAAAGGAGAGGGCUUUGCUGACUUGGAGUAUGGCAUGAUGGCCUUAAUGGGAGCUGUCGAUGAGUCUACUGUGGUUGUUACUGUUGUCCAUGACUGCCAGGUGAUGGACAUUCCAGAGGAGUUAAAAGAAAGUCAUGACCUGACUGUGGACUACAUCCUCACACCCACCCGAGUCAUUAAAACUGAUUGCCAGAUCCCCAAACCACAGGGAAUCAUCUGGACAAAGCUGGACACAGAAAAGCUGGAGAAGAUCCCUGUCCUGAAGAAGCUGCGUGCUUUGGAGGAAGAGGCUGGAAAGGAUGUAACACUUGGGGUGGCGCCUGUUGCACCAGCUCAGAGUCGUCAGACCAGUCAAACCAAAAGGCAAACCAGACGGAGGCCAAGGCAGAACAUACAGCAGGAUGAUGAGGGAGAAUCCAAACCGGAGAAAAUAGAGUCAGAACAGAAAGCUAGACAGUGGCGCCCAACUAGAGUGAGGAAAGAAAGCAGAGGAGAUGGUGGGGGAGGUAAUGAGAGAGGAAAGGGGAAUAGAGGAGAGAACCUAAAGGGGAAGGGCCCAGAGGAAGGUGGAGGUGAAGUCCUGUCUCAACGUAAGCUCCCUCUGAGUGUGACCACAGUUUACCUUGGGGGAAUCCCUGCUGGGCUGCGUGUUAGUGAGCUGAAAACUGCCCUCAGAGAGAGGGAGGCCACCCCACUAAGGCUCACCUGGCAGGGAGCUCAACACAGGGCCUUCCUGGACUACAGUGACCCCCAGGCUGCAGAGCAGGCCCUGGAGGCUCUGCAGGAUCUCAGUCUGAAUGGUCACAGUCUGCAGGCUGAGAUGGCCAAGAGCCAGCGCGGAGGAAAGAGGUCCGGACAGUCCAAUCGGAGACCGAGACCAACUGCUCCGAAAUCUAAAACUGCACCACCAGAUACUGAGAGUGACACCAAUGAAAAGACUGAGCAGUAAUAGCAAUAAGCAAUACUCAGCCAAGUCAAGUAUUCAAUGUGGAGCAACCUUAAAUGCCUUAAGAAGAAUUUAGUUUUUUUUAUGUUUUGGAUUUCUUACAAGAGGACAUAAGUUAUUUGAACCUUAGACAUCUAAAUUGACUGAUAAAGCUAAUGAGUUUAACAGAAUAUGCAAUUCUUUAAUCAAAAAGCAUUUCACUAGAAAGGUAUUUUGUGGAUGCCAUUUCACACUACUUAACCAUAUACCUAUGUGCCUUGUUUUUCACACGCACCUCCUGGUCUGUGUGUCCCUUCAGUCCUUGAAGGUGCUUUGUAGAGUAGUUCUUAGAGAUAAACUACGUUUUUUUCCUUUUUUAAACCAUAGACUCGAUCCACAGUCUAUUUGUUAAAGUGUAGAGUAAAUUGUGAAGUAUUCGGUACGUUUUAUUUCCACAACCAGUCAUCAGUAUUACCUUCUCCAAGAGGGAGACACAUUUUGUCUGCUUGUUUUUUUUUUUUUUAAACCAUUAAACUAAGGCCAUAGGCCAAAGAAGAAUGUGGUCACUUUUGUUACGGAUAGCGCCUGCAGUGUGGUCAAUUAUACAAUCCUGAGCCAUUAGGCCAACUAGGAAAAUUAAAAAAUACAUUGGUCUACCAUUUAUAUAUCCAUGUAAACCUCAUCAGUGUUUGACUACACAGAUUUUCUUUUUUUUAACCACCUCUCCAAGUGUCAUCCAGUAUUCACAAAAUAUGUAACAUUUGAAUGACAUAAUGGCGUUGUUCUUCAGUGUGCAGUUGCAACCAAAUUUAGAAGAUGUUAACAUAUUAGUAUAUUGUUAUGCCAUUUUGAUUACAUACUAUAGCAAUAGCCAAAUUUUAGUUGUGGCGAUUUAAACUUCGUUGAAAAUGUACAUAGUUCAUCCUUAAACAUAACCCAGGAUUUAGAUAUUCUCUAAAAGUGUAUUUUGACUAGAUGGAGAGGAAUUUAAAAACCUCUAAACCUAUUUUAUUUUAAAACAAAUUUAGAUGUCUGUUGCCUCGUUGGAGCUAUGCUUUUUGAUUUCUAAUUGCUUUUUUUCCAGGAUAUUUUGGAAAUAGUGGUAUUUGUACCUCCUUUUUUUUUUGUUAAUAGAAAUGACAUACUGAUGGCAUUGUGUUUGGUUAAGCCAGUUUGAGUAUGAUGCCAGCCUCACCCUUUAACAGUUAAGAGAUUCUGUUCUAGUGUUAAUGUUGGUUUGUAACAUGUUAUAACAAAAUUUGCUAAAGCAUUUGACUGUACUGGUUCCAGCUUAGUCUCUUUUUGCUUUAAUAAACUGCAAUAUCUUACUUUGA